GUUCGUCAAGUUGCCAGAUUUCGCGCUUUGCUGCUUGUAAUUUCUACCUCUCUCUCUCUCUCUCUCUCUGUAGAUUUUGAUCCUUACUAUCUUUCCGACACAAAUACAUUGUCCAUACAUAUUCUCUCUCUCCCCUCGUACGGCCUUAGAGCGUGAGCAUUACUCAUUCCGCGUGGGUUAGAAGCUUAGAAUUUCUUUCUGAAACGGUUUUGCUUUAUUGAUCUGUAAUCUCUGAUGAGGUCUGGAGGGUUAGAACAAUGGAAGAAAAGCAACAAAAUUAACUUCCACAACGAACUGAAAGAGCAUUUAAAAAGGGAAGAAACGUGGAUAGGUUACUAGUGCUUUAAUUAUUUAAUGAAAGCUUCAGUUUGUCAAUUCCAUCUUCUCGGAUCCUGACUUGCACUGUUCAAGAAUUUGUUUUCUAACUGGGGGGGGGGGUGUUUCGAAUCAGUAGUGGUUGAUCUCUCAUUUCUUGACAAUUUUGUCAUUUCAAGAUCUUGUAUCUUGUGGGUUUCUUUAGGGUUUUUGAAGUUUCUAAUGAACUGUUCUGUUGGGUUCAAGACUUAAAAUUUUUGUAGCUGAAUCAAUGGCAGAUGAAGGUUCAGAUAGGGGUAGUACGGGAUUGGUUGCCAUGGAUUCGUCAGAAUCGAGAUGGGUUUUUCAGGAUGAAGACGACACGGAUGUAGAAAACGACGAGGAUAUACCUCCACAGAUGGGCUUUGAUUCCGAAGAGGAAGAGAAUGCGGAGCACAGACUGAUUAGGACGGGUCCCCGGAUUGAUUCCUUUGAUGUUGAGGCUCUUGAGGUUCCCGGCGUCCAAAGAAACGACGACGAUGACUUUACUGUAGGGAAGAAAAUUGUGCUGGCUUUUCAGACACUUGGAGUUGUAUAUGGUGAUGUUGGAACAAGUCCAUUAUAUACCUUCAGUGUGAUGUUCAACAAAUCUCCAAUUCGUGGGGAGGAAGAUGUUCUUGGAGCAUUGUCACUGGUUUUAUAUACUUUAAUCUUGAUAUCACUGAUCAAGUAUGUUCUUAUUGUUCUUUGGGCCAAUGAUGAUGGUGAAGGUGGUACUUUUGCUUUAUAUUCAUUGAUUUGUAGGCAUGCAAAGGUCAGUCUUCUUCCAAAUCAGCUACCAUCUGAUGCCCACGUAUCAAGUUUCAGGCUAAAAGUGCCUUCUCCAGAACUUGAGAGGUCGCUGAAAAUUAAGGAGAAGCUUGAGUCUUCGUUGACACUGAAAAAACUUCUUCUGAUGUUAGUGCUUUUGGGUACUUCUAUGGUGAUAGCCAAUGGAGUUGUUACUCCAGUAAUGUCAGUGAUGUCGGCUGUGGGGGGUCUAAAGGUUGGAAUAGCUGGAAUUAGUCAAGAUCUUGUGGUCAUGAUUUCAGUUGCAUGUCUCAUAAUUUUGUUCAGCGUACAGAAGUUCGGGACAAGCAAAGUGGGACUAGCUGUGGGCCCUGCUUUAUUCAUAUGGUUUUGUUCCCUUGGGGGAUUUGGUGUCUACAACCUAAUAAAAUAUGACAGAAGUGUGUUUCGGGCAUUUAAUCCUGUAUACAUCUAUUACUUCUUCAAAAGAAACUCAACCCACGCUUGGUUGUCUCUUGGGGGUUGUCUUCUGUGUGCAACAGGUUCAGAGGCAAUGUUUGCAGAUCUUUGCUACUUCUCAGUGAGAUCAGUUCAGCUCACAUUUGUGUUUCUAGUUCUGCCUUGCCUUCUGUUGGGAUACCUAGGUCAAGCUGCAUACCUCAUGGAAAACCUAACCGUGUCCGAUCAAGUUUUCUUCGCUUCCAUUCCAAGUGGUGCAUUCUGGCCUGUGUUUUUCAUUGCUAAUAUUGCUGCAUUGAUUGCUAGUCGAGCAAUGACAACAGCCACAUUUUCAUGCAUAAAACAAUCAACAGCACUCGGUUGUUUUCCUCGCCUGAAAAUUAUUCACACUUCUCGAAAGUUUAUGGGUCAGAUUUACAUUCCAGUCAUUAAUUGGUUUCUACUGGUAUCCUGCGUGGUGCUUGUCUGCAGCUUUGCAAGCAUAAAUGAGAUCGGAAAUGCAUAUGGCAUUACAGAGCUUGGGGUAAUGAUGACAACAACAAUGUUGGUAACCAUUAUUAUGCUUCUUAUAUGGCAGAUAAACAUCAUCAUUGCGCUGAGUUUUCUGGUUUUCUUCUUGGGGUUGGAGCUGACUUUCUACUCUUCAGUUUUAUGGAGUGUGGGAGAUGGAAGUUGGGUCAUAUUGGUUUUUGGGGCGAUUUUGUUUUUGAUUAUGUACAUCUGGAAUUACGGAAGCAAACUUAAGUAUGAAACUGAAGUUGAACAGAAGAUGUCAAUGGAUUUGUUGCGGGAACUAGGUUGCAAUCUUGGGACCAUCAGAGCUCCUGGUAUUGGCUUACUUUAUAAUGAGCUAGUUAAGGGUGUACCGGCAAUUUUUGGCCACUUCUUGACCACUCUUCCUGCAAUCCACUCUAUGAUAAUUUUUGUCUGCAUAAAGUAUGUUCCAGUUCCUGUAGUGCCUCAGAAUGAAAGGUUCCUCUUCCGGCGGGUCUGUCCAAAGAGCUAUCACAUGUUCCGCUGCAUUGCUAGGUAUGGCUACAAGGAUGUGCGCAAAGAGAAUCAUCAGACUUUUGAACAGUUGCUAAUUGAGAGCCUUGAGAAGUUCAUCCGUCGAGAAGCUCAGGAGAGGUCGUUAGAGAGUGAUGGGGAUGAGGAUACGGACUCUGAAGAUGAGGUCUCUUCUUCAAGGGUUCUAGUUACUCCCAAUGGCAGUUUUUACUCUAUUGGUGUUCCACUUUUGGCUGAUUACAGCUUCUCUAACAGAACCAUCUCAGAAGCAAGCACCUCGGCAGGGGUGAGGCCAGUCCAUGUCUCAGAGCCAUCAGUAUCUGAUACAGAACAGAGUCUUGAAUGGGAGCUCUCCUUCAUACGGAAGGCCAAAGAAUCUGGGGUGGUUUAUCUUCUCGGUCAUGGAAAUAUUAGAGCAAGGAAAGACUCAUGGUUUAUAAAGAAACUGGUUAUAAAUUACUUCUAUGCAUUUUUGAGGAAGAACUGCAGGAGGGGGAUUGCAAAUUUGAGUGUGCCUCACUCGAAUCUGAUGCAGGUUAGCAUGACCUACAUGGUUUGAAGUUUGAAGUUGAAUUUUGGCGGCAAAGGCAAGAUUUCAUUUUUUUGAACAAAAGUUUGGUGGCAACGGUCAGUUGUGAAAGAGGCAUGGAUCACAGGAAAAUUUGCUGGGGGUUAAAGCUGAUGGCACUCAAUGUCAAACAGAGAGUGCAGGUUUCACCCAAGGGCCAUAGAACAAUCUGUUGCUGCUAUCGUUUUGCACUUGAACGACGCAACCUGGUUUUGAACAUGCCAAGCACUGAAGCUUCAUUCUAUUGAUUGGAAUUUGUAGUUUUUUCAUGCUGCCUUCUUGUAUUGAUUGUCUAGUGCAAGAAAAGAAAUACAGGAAGAAUUUUUGUAAUUACUGAUUUGAAGGUGAAGUGAAUUGGCCAUUUUUUACCAUUACAGUUCGUUUUGUAUCAGAAUAAAUUCUUUUAUCCCUAAGCAGAAGUUGUUACAAAGUUAACUGACCA